CAGAAAGAACAGACAAAAUGCAGGCAGGGCACAGGACAAAGCACUAGGGACAAUUAUGAAAAAAAUGAAAUUUUUUAAAAUUUUCAAAAUUUCCCACCGCCGGAGGUGCCUGUACGUCCCGACGUCACAGGGACCAGAACACAGAAGCUGGAUGCCGGCAUCGGCCGGAGGAGAUGGCCAGGGACGCUGCAGGGGACACAUCGCGGGAGCGAAGGACAAGGUAAGCUCUGCAGGGACUCCCUAUGCAGCGCCGCAUGGUAAGCCCGAGUGUAGCUCGGGGUUACCGCUUUGGCACUGACAU